AUGUCCCACGCCAAUUCCCUCGACGACACAAUUUUGCCUACUAGUCCCAAGCUGGGAGGACCUGUUGCAUACCAAGACUCUCUGCCCAUCAUGGAUUCUGUCCGCGGUACAGUGAUCAAGCCUGCCUCCAUCCCGGUCCGGGGUGGCAGCGGCCGCAUGACUUCCCUCGAGUUGGCCGAUGGCACAGUCUACCAGGGUUACAACUUUGGUGCCGAGAAAAGCAUUUCUGGUGAAUUGGUCUUCCAGACCGGUAUGGUCGGUUACCCCGAGUCCAUCACCGAUCCCUCAUACCGCGGUCAGAUCCUGGUUAUCACUUUCCCACUUGUGGGUAACUACGGUGUCCCCGCACAGGAUGAGAUGGAUGAGCUCCUGAAGGACCUCCCCAAGCACUUCGAGUCCAACCAGAUCCACGUUGCCGGCUUGGUGGUGGCAGCCUACGCCGGCGAGGACUACUCGCACUUCUUGGCCAAGACCUCGCUCGGUCAAUGGCUCAAGGAGCAGGGUGUUCCUGCCAUGCACGGUGUUGACACUCGUGCUCUCACCAAGCGCCUGCGUCAGACCGGUAGUAUGCUGGGUCGCAUGCUGCUGCAAAAGGAUGGUGCCGCCGAUGCCGCUGGCAUCGCCGGUGCCAACUGGAAGUCCCACUUCGAGGAGACCGAAUGGGUCGACCCCAACACAAAGAACCUCGUGGCUGAGGUCUCCAUCCGCGAGCCCCGCCUAUUCACACCACCCGAGAACAUCGCCCUCAAGCACCCCUCAGGCCGUGGAGUCCGUGUGCUCUGUUUGGAUGUUGGUAUGAAGUACAACCAGCUGCGUUGUCUGCUUUCCCGCGGUGUGGAAGUCUUGGUUGUCCCUUGGGACUACGAUUUCCCUACUCUCGCUGGAAAGGACUUCGACGGUCUGUUUGUGUCCAACGGUCCCGGUGACCCUGCCACCUUGGAGGUCACCAUCAAGAACCUCGCCAAGAUGUUCGAGGAUGCCCGCACACCCGUUUUCGGUAUCUGCUUGGGUCACCAGUUGAUUGCCCGCUCCGUCGGCGCCCAGACUUCCAAGAUGAAGUUCGGUAACCGCGGUCACAACAUUCCCUGUACAAGCAUGCUCUCCGGCAAGUGUCACAUCACUUCUCAGAACCACGGUUACGCCGUGGACGCCAGCAGCCUCAAGAACGGCUGGGAGGAGCUGUUUGUCAACGCCAACGAUGGCAGCAACGAGGGUAUUCGUCACACCAGCCGUCCCUUCUUCAGUGUGCAAUUCCACCCCGAGAGCACCCCCGGUCCCCGCGACACCGAGUACCUGUUCGAUGUCUUCAUCAACACUAUCCAGUCUACCAUUGCCUCUCCCGAGGCUCUCAACUUGCCCGUUUCUUUCCCCGGUGGCGCCAAGGCCGACAACGUCCUUGCUGCUCCCCGUGUCUCGGUCAAGAAGGUCCUGGUUCUCGGUUCCGGUGGUCUCAGCAUUGGCCAGGCUGGAGAGUUUGAUUACUCCGGCAGUCAAGCCAUCAAGGCUCUGAAGGAAGAGGGUAUCUACACUAUCCUGAUCAACCCCAACAUUGCCACCAUUCAGACUUCCAAGGGUCUGGCUGACAAGGUCUACUUCCUGCCCGUCAACGCCGACUUUGUCCGCAAGGUCAUCAAGCACGAGCGUCCUGAUGCUAUUUACGUCACUUUCGGUGGUCAGACUGCCCUCUCUGUUGGUAUCCAGCUCAAGGAUGAGUUCGAGGGGCUCGGCGUUCAGGUUCUCGGUACCCCCAUUGACACCAUCAUUACCACUGAGGAUCGUGAGCUGUUCGCCCGUAGCAUGGACUCCAUCAACGAGAAGUGUGCCAAAUCUGCCUCCGCUUCCACCCUUGAGGAGUCUCUCCAGGUCGUUGAGGCCAUUGGAUUCCCCGUUAUUGUUCGUGCUGCCUACGCUCUUGGUGGUCUCGGAUCUGGUUUCGCCAACAACAUGGAUGAACUGAAGGAGCUCUGCACCAAGGCCCUGGCUGUCAGUCCCCAAGUUCUGAUUGAGCGCAGUAUGAAGGGCUGGAAGGAGGUCGAAUACGAGGUUGUUCGUGAUGCCCAGGACAACUGUAUCACUGUCUGUAACAUGGAGAACUUCGAUCCCCUUGGUAUCCACACUGGUGACUCCAUUGUCGUGGCUCCUUCUCAGACUCUUUCCGACGAGGACUACAACAUGUUGCGUACCACCGCUGUUAACGUCAUUCGACACCUCGGGGUUGUCGGUGAAUGUAACAUCCAGUACGCCCUCAACCCCUUCUCCCGGGAGUACUGCAUUAUCGAGGUCAACGCCCGUCUGUCUCGUUCCUCGGCUCUGGCCUCUAAGGCUACCGGUUACCCUCUUGCGUUUAUCGCUGCCAAGUUGGGUCUCGGUAUUCCUCUGAACGAGAUCAAGAACUCGGUCACCAAGUCCACCUGUGCUUGCUUCGAGCCCUCACUCGAUUACUGUGUGGUCAAGAUUCCCCGCUGGGAUCUGAAGAAGUUCACUCGUGUCUCCACCCAGCUCGGUUCUUCCAUGAAGAGUGUUGGUGAAGUCAUGAGCAUUGGCCGAACCUUCGAAGAAGCCAUUCAAAAGGCCAUCCGUUCCGUUGAUUUCCACAACCUUGGUUUCAGCGCCACUGAUGCCCUUAUGUCCAUCGACGCCGAGCUUCAGACUCCUUCCGACCAGCGUCUGUUCGCCAUUGCCAACGCCAUGGCUGCUGGCUACACCGUUGAUGACAUCUGGAAGCUCACUAACAUCGACAAGUGGUUCCUCUCUCGCCUCAAGGGCUUGAACGACUUCGGCAAGUCCAUGUCCACCUUCAACGCUACCUCUGUGCCUGUGCCUAUGAUCCGCCAGGCUAAGCAGCUCGGUUUCUCCGAUCGCCAGCUCGCCAACUUCCUGGACUCCAACGAGCUGGCUGUCCGCCGUAUGCGUGUUGAGGCUGGUAUCAUGCCUAUUGUCAAGCAGAUCGACACUGUCGCCGCUGAGUUCCCCGCUGUGACCAACUACCUUUACCUCACCUACAAUGCAUCCGAGCACGAUCUGUCGUUCGACGAUCACGGCAUUAUGGUUCUGGGCUCUGGUGUCUACCGUAUCGGUUCCUCCGUCGAGUUCGAUUGGUGUUCUGUGCGCACUAUCCGUACUCUCCGUGAGCAAGGCCACAAGACUAUCAUGGUCAACUACAACCCUGAGACUGUCAGUACCGAUUACGAUGAGGCCGACCGCUUGUACUUCGAGAACAUCAACCUCGAGACUGUGCUCGACAUCUACCAGUUGGAAACCUCCAGCGGUGUUAUCAUGUCUAUGGGAGGACAGACCCCUAACAACAUCGCUCUGCCCCUGCACCGCCUCAACGUCAACAUCCUUGGUACCUCUCCUGAGAUGAUCGACGGUGCCGAGAACCGUUACAAGUUCUCCCGUAUGUUGGACCGUAUCGAGGUCGAUCAGCCCGCCUGGAAGGAACUCACCUCCAUCGAAGAAGCCCGCGGUUUCUGUGACAAGGUCGGAUACCCUGUGCUGGUCCGUCCUUCCUAUGUCCUGUCUGGUGCUGCCAUGAACACUGUCUACUCCGAGCACGAUCUCGCCAGCUAUCUCGGCCAAGCUGCCGAUGUCUCGCGUGAGCACCCCGUUGUUAUCACCAAGUACAUCGAGAACGCCAAGGAGAUUGAGAUGGACGCUGUUGCCCUUAAUGGUGUCAUGGUUGGUCACUUCAUCUCUGAGCACGUCGAGAACGCCGGUGUUCACUCUGGUGACGCUACACUGAUCCUGCCUCCCCAGGAUCUUAGCGAGGAGACUGUCCGUCGUAUUGUUGAGGCCACCCGCAAGAUUGGAAACGCCCUCAACGUGACCGGCCCUUACAACAUCCAGUUCAUUGCCAAGGACAACGACAUCAAGGUCAUUGAGUGCAACGUUCGUGCCUCGCGUUCGUUCCCCUUCGUGUCCAAGGUUAUGGGUGUCGACCUGAUCGAGAUGGCCACCAAGGCCAUGAUCGGUGCUCCCUUCCAGGAGUACCCCCCUGUCAACGUCCCCAAGGACUACGUUGGUGUGAAGGUUCCUCAGUUCUCGUUCUCCCGUCUCUCCGGCGCUGACCCCGUUCUGGGUGUCGAGAUGGCUUCCACUGGUGAGGUCGCUUCGUUCGGUCGUGACAAAUACGAGGCCUACCUCAAGGCCCUGCUGUCCACCGGAUUCAAGCUGCCCCGUCGCAACAUCCUGUUCUCCAUUGGUGCCUACAAGGAGAAGAUGGAGAUGCUGCCUUCCAUUCAGAAGCUCUCCCAGCUCGGUUACAACUUGUUUGCCACCGCUGGUACUGCUGAUUUCCUGAAGGAGCACGGUGUGACUGUCAAGUACCUCGAGCACCUUCCCGAUCACGAGGAAGAGGACAUGAAGUCCGAGUACUCUCUCACUCAGCACUUGUCCAACAACCUGAUUGACUUGUACGUCAACUUGCCAUCGAACAACCGCUUCCGUCGCCCUGCCAACUACAUGUCCAAGGGUUACCGCACUCGUCGUAUGGCUGUUGACUACCAGACUCCUCUGGUCACCAACGUCAAGAACGCCAAGAUCCUGAUUGAGGCCAUUGCUCGCCACUUCCCUUUGAACAUCAUCACCGCUGAUUUCCAGACCAGCCACCGCACUGUUGUUCUGCCCGGUCUGAUCAACAUUGCGGCCUUUGUCCCCAACCUGGUCUCUGCUGGUUCCAACGACUUCGAGGCUGUCUCCAAGGCCUCGCUCGCAGGUGGUUUCAGCAUGAUCCGUGUGAUGCCCGUUGGCGUUGACACCUCAGUCACCCAGGCCAGCGACCUGAAGAUUGUCCAGAAGAACGCCCAGGACAAGUCUCUCUGUGACUUCAACCUCUCCGUCGCUGCCACCGCCACCAACUCGGAUCAGAUCAUCCAGGUGACCGGUGAGGUUGGAUCUCUGUUCAUCCCCUUCAACCACCUCUCUGGCAACAUCAACAAGGUCGCCACUGUCACCAACCACUUCAGCGCCUGGCCCUCGAGCAAGCCUCUGAUCACCGAUGCCAAGAGCACUGACCUUGCCUCCAUUCUGUUGUUGGCCAGUCUCCACGGUCGCAACAUUCACGUUCUGAACGUGACUUCCAAGGAGGACAUUACCCUCAUUGCUCUGAGCAAGGAAAAGGGCCUGAAGGUGACCUGCGAUGUCUCCAUCUACUGCCUCUUCCUUUCUCAGAAGGACUACCCGGCCUCCAGCUUCCUGCCUACCGUUGAGGACCAGAAAUCACUGUGGGACCACAUGAGCACCAUCGAUGUCUUCUCGAUUGGCAGCAUCCCCUUCCAGCUUGCUGGCAAGGCCGCAACCCCCGAGACUGGUAUUGCGGAGUCACUUCCUCUCCUGUUCACUGCCGUCGCUGAGGGCCGUCUGACCGUUGAGGACAUCACCGCUCGCCUCUACGAGAACCCCAAGAAGAUCUUCGAGCUGCACGACCAGGCUGACAGCUCCCUCGAGAUCGAGGUUGACCGCCCAUACGUCUUCCAGAGCCCCGAUGCCAGCUCUCCCUUCAACGGCAAGGUGAUGCGUGGCUCCGUCCAGCGUGUUAUCUUCCAGGGCAAGACUUCUUGCCUCGAUGGCGAGAUCAUCAAGGAUGCUAUCAAAGGUACCGAUAUGUCUGCCCACCGCAUCCUUCCUGCCUCGCCUGCGAUGACCCCCAUGGUUCGCCCUGAGAGCUCCCUCGACCGUCACCAGUCUCUUUCUGGCACCCCUGGCCGCCGCCAGAAGAACAUGGACAACACCGUGCCUGCCAUUGGUGAACUUGGACCCCCUCUCUACCCCUCGUCCCAGGGUUCUUCCAACAUGGCCGACCUGCUCUCGCGCUCCAAGAUCCGCGGCAAGCACGUCCUGUCCGUGAACCAGUUCACUCGUGCUGACCUGCACUUGCUGUUCACUGUCGCCCAGGAGAUGCGUCUCGGUGUUCAGCGCCAGGGUGUCCUUGACAUCCUCAAGGGCCGUGUCCUGACUACUCUCUUCUACGAGCCCUCGACCCGCACCUCGGCCUCGUUCGACGCUGCCAUGCAGCGCCUCGGUGGACGUACCAUCGCCAUCUCGACCGAGCACUCUUCCACCAAGAAGGGCGAGACUCUCCAGGACACCAUCCGCACCCUCGGCUGCUACGGCGAUGCCAUUGUUUUGCGUCACCCCGACGCCAGCAGCACUGAGAUCGCGGCCAAGUUCUCCCAGGUCCCUGUCAUCAACGGUGGUAACGGCUCCCUCGAGCACCCCACCCAGGCCUUCCUGGACCUGUUUACCAUCCGUGAGGAGCUCGGUACCGUCACCGGCUUGACCAUCACCUUCACUGGUGACCUCAAGUACGGCCGCCCCGUCCACUCCCUCAUCAAGCUCCUCCAGUUCUACGAUGUCCGCAUCCAGCUGGUCGCCCCCAAGGCUCUUGCUCUUCCCGAGGAGGUCCGCCAGCAGAUCAUUACUUCCGGACAGUUGGUCCUUGAGUCGGAGGAGCUGACUCCUGAGAUCGUUGCCCGCUCUGACAUUCUGUACUCCACUCGUGUCCAGAAGGAGCGUUUCGCCGAUCUCGCCCAGUACGAGGCUCUUAAGAACAGCUUCGUCAUUGACAACGCUCUGCUUAAGCACGCCAAGGGCCACAUGGUCGUCAUGCACCCUCUGCCUCGCAACGCCGAGAUCGCUGAGGAGGUCGACUUCGACCAGCGGGCUGCUUACUUCCGCCAGAUGCGCUACGGCCUUUACUGCCGCAUGGCCCUGCUCGCUCUGGUCCUGGCAUGA